AUGGUCUCGAUCCCCAGUAAGGCGCCUCGCCAAUCUCUCACCGUAAUCGACAACAGAACUGGCCAGGCUUAUGAGGUUCCCAUCACGCACAAUUCCGUGCUGGCCACCGACAUUAAGAAGAUCAAGGCUCCAGCCGGCCAAGACCGCGCAGAGGAUGAGACAGAACAGGGGCUUCGGGUCUACGAUCCAGCCUAUAUGAACACUGCCGUCAUAACGAGCCGCAUCACUUACAUCAACGGGCUUGAUGGAAUUCUGCGGUAUCGCGGGUACCCCAUCCAGCAGCUGGUCAAGAAGAGCAACUUUCUCGAGACGGCUUACCUGCUGCUCUAUGGAGAGCUGCCGACCAAAUCGCAGUACGACAACUGGAACAACGAAAUCAUGCACCACACCUUCAUCCACAGCGACAUUGAGAACAUGUUCAAGACGUUCAGAUACGACUCUCAUCCCAUGGCCAUGCUGUCGUCUGCUUUCGCUACCAUGGGAGCUUUUGCCCCUGAGGCCAAUCCUUCCCUCGCGGGGCAGAAGCUCUACACCAAUGCUGCGAAGGGCGAUAUGGAGGCCCUGAAGGUGCUUGACAAGCAGAUCCUGAGAAUCAUCGGGAAAGCCCCUACCCUGGCGGCUGCCUCGUACCGGAUGCGACAAGGUCGGCCGUUCAAUCGACCGGCUCAGGGACUUUCCUACACAGGAAAUUUCCUCUAUCUCCUGGACUAUCUCUCAGGCCACGAGUACCAGCCCCACCCCGUGUUGGAGAAGGCGCUCGAUACACUCUUCAUCCUCCAUGCCGAUCAUGAGGUCAACUGCAGCACUGCAACAGUUCUCCAGGUGGGCAGCAGUCUGGUUGACCCCUAUUCGGUGGUAGCGGCCGGCUGCUCCGCAUUAUACGGCCCCUCACAUGGCGGUGCCAGCGAAAGUGCGAUUCGCAUGCUCAUGGAGAUCGGGUCACCCGAGAACGUGCCAGCGUUCAUGGAAAAGGUCGAGAAGAGGGAACGCGUGCUCGUCGGGUUUGGGCACCGCGUGUACAAAAAUGUCGACCCACGGUCCACGGCGAUUCGCGAACUCGCCGAAGAGGUCUUCGAGGUCACGGGCAGGAACAAGCUUCUCGAUACUGCCAUGACCCUAGCAGACUAUGCGCGAAAGAGCGAGUUCAUGAAGAGUCGAAACCUCUAUCCCAAUGUGGACUUCUUUUCGGGGCUUAUUUACCAAGCGAUGGGCAUUCCCCUGGACGUAUUCCCCGUACUUUUUGCCGUGCCGCGCUGUGUCGGAUGGCUGGCUCACUGGAGACAAAUGAUGUUGAACCCGGCUGGUGUCAAGAUCUGGCGGCCCAGGCAGCUGUAUCUCGGUGAAGGCGAGCGGGACUACGUCGAGACAGCAGACAGGAAGGAAAACCCCAAGGCAAGCGUGUUUGAUGCCCCGGUCCAGGUCAGCCAUGGUGGAGACAGUAAGAGAAUGGAGCUUGCCACGUACAAGGACGAGAGGGGGCAGACGUGGGGGAAAAGCAAACUUUGA